GCAUUGGUGCGCGGUGGAAUGGGUUUUUCAUUGAAGCUCAAAACCAAAUCGGGCCAGCAGCAUAUUGUAAGCAAGCUGGCAGAGACAACGACCGUCGGUGACCUUAAGACGCGUAUCACCGAGCUAACCAACAUUCCGGGCGAUGCGUUGCACGUCGUGCUUGGCUUUCCUCCAUUCAAACCGGUGGACUUUUCGAACGAAGCCAGCCAGGUGCUUGCGUCAGGCAUUAGCAAUGGGGAUACGCUAAUCGUGGAGGAAAAAUCGUUAACAGAUGAGGAGCGCAAGCAGCUGGAAGCAUCGAAACGGUUGGAGCAGGAUGAGAAGCUAGCCAAGGAGCUAGCUGCCCAGGGCACGGAAAGUAGUGGUAUCCUGCUGAAGAAGGUGGUGCCGUCGGACAAUUCAUGCCUUUUCACCAGCAUAGGGUACGUUAUCACGGGAAAGGUUGAUCCGGAAAGCAGUCAGUACAUGAGACAGAUCAUUGCGAGUACGGUUAAUGGGGACAAGCACGAGUACAACGAAGGCAUUCUGGGACGUCCGAACGAUGAGUACUGUGCCUGGAUACUGCAGCCCGAAUCGUGGGGUGGUGCUAUUGAGGUGUCCAUCCUGACCGCUUACUACGGUCUCGAGUUUGAUGUGGUUGACAUAACGAAUGCCAUCAUCAAUCGGUUCGGUGAGGACAAAAAUUAUGGCAUGCGUGCAUUCCUGCUAUUCGAUGGCAUUCACUACGAUCCUCUGUACCUGGAAUCAACGAAUGGGGAACCACCAAAGACAAUUUUCCCCAUCGAAGACCAAUCGGUGUACCUACAAGCGGAGCAACUAGCGAAGGAAGCCAAAUCUGCCCGCCAGUACACCGACGUGAACAAGUUCACCCUCAAAUGCAUAGACUGCGACUGCUUCCUGAAGGGCCAAAUUGAGGCGCAACAACACGCACAAAAGACGGGCCACCUUAACUUUGGCGAGGUUUAACUACGGAGAUUUGGAACAGCA